AUGAGAGCGGCGGGACCUCUUCGGAAGAACUGGCUGCCGCAAGAUUGCGUGCUCGUUCGAUACAUCAGUGACCCGACUUUGCUUCACUGGAGAUGUGUGAUGCUGUGCUUGUAUGGAGACAACGUGGUGGUGCUGACCCCAGAUAGAGACUUGGAGUCAACUAGGCUUGCCACUGGAUCAGUGUACUCUGAAAUCAGGAAGAUGACAAGUGGGAAGCUUCCCGCUGGAAUCCGGGAGCGGGAGACCUACUUGCCCAAGCACUCUCCGAAUGGUGUCAUCCUGCACGAUGAGAUGAGGACCCUGAUGUCUAAUGCAGAGAGACGGUUUGCCGCUGAUGGUACUCGUCGACGUGUUGUGGGAAGACUAGAGGAACCGGAAGGUGUUGUGUCUCCGGAGGCUCAAGCCCAAGCUCCUCCUCACCAACAGCCCCCGGAGCAAGGACCCGAAGGGGAACAGCGGUGGCUGGUGGUCUACGCCUCAGAUGGUCGAGGGGUAGGUGAUGAAAUGGCGAUUGGAGCUGACGUGCAGAGGUUGUUCGUUGGUGGGAAAGAGUUCAGCAUGUUCAGUGAUGAUGGGCGAGAGGUGCUUUGUAGGGGGGUUCGUCAUGAGGAUUUCCACUUGGUACAAAGAGCCGCUCUUGCUGGGGUCAAUGUUGAGCCUCCGGCAGAACGGGAUCUUCGGAUCCUUCCAGUCAUCUUCGAUUCGGCCGAGGAAAGGUGGCGCACUGUGUCGGAGGCGGUGCCGGAAUUCGAGGACGUGGAGUUUGACGAUUACCCCCUGCAGGGUCCUCGCACUGUCAGUCAUGACACUCGCCAGCUUCGCCGAUUGGGGCUUGACUUUGUUCAGCAUCACGAGUCUUGGCUAAAAAAGAGUGGUGUGAGGCCCACUGACAGGUCAGUCCACGAGCACUCUUCGGUCUGCCGGGCGCUGAACCUGAUGAUGUGCUACGACCAGCUCAACUUGCCGGCCAUUGCGGCUGCUGAAGCUCUGAAUAGGCGUCGGACUUUGAUCGAACAUGCUCACCAAGGGCGACCAGAUGCCCCUUCGUACGAAGGCGCAGAGGAUUUCCUGGGAGUGAGAGAAAGUGCUGAUGGAUCGAUAGUUGACCCAGCUUUGGCGGCUUUUGCGGCAAAGAGACAAGCAACCAAAGCGGAGGUGAUGAAGCAGACUCGCCUGGCAAGUGAGGAGAAGAGACUCAGUCGCAAAGGCGAGGGCAAGGGCAACAAGGAGAAGGAGGAUGGGGGCAAAGUGGUGAGUGAGGCCCAUUUCAAAAGGCCUCCACCCCCUGAGAGGGAGACCCCACAGGCAGCGCUUCGGCAGCUGCUGUCCAAGAAGGUGUCCUCAGGCUAUGAGUCGGGGGACGCCCCAGGCCAGGUUGUGGCCUAUCAGAGGGCGCUGCUUUCGCUCCCAAGAGACCAGCAAGACCCAGUACAGUUGAGUCACCUGCUUCCAGCCAAAGAAAAAGAACAACUGGAGCAUUUUGCUGACUCAAUGCUUCUCUCCGAUGAGGAGAUGGCCGGUGUCUUGGAGCGAGGCUUCAGCCGCGACAAAUACCUUGACCCAGUGCUCGAAGGAGAUCAAACAGAGUACCAUGCGUUUGUCGCAGACCUCUUUGCGUGCAAAUUGUUGGAUUUCACCAUUGCACCCAAGUCUCAAGUGAAUAUUUUGCUCUCCCCGCAAUUGAUCCAGUCCAGCUUCGUGAUGCUUUGGGGUGUUUGCCUCACUGCGGGAUACUUCAAGACCGGCGGCCAGCGCCGAUCCUGGGACAUGGGAGGGGGGCAGCAUUCAUCAGCCCUGUUGAUCUAUGCUGACAACAACAACCACAUAGGGAUAGAGAGGGAGAAGCUGUUGGAAGAACAGAAAAACAUGAUUGGUUCUUUGCACUCGCAUGGACUGGAAACUCACGAAGUCACUGAUCCAGUCUCCCUCGCAGAGAGCUUGGGGAUCCGGAUCAAUGGCGCCACCGGCCAGGUGGGGACCACAGCGGCGAGGGACUGGAGGCUCGAUCGUGCCUUGGAAGGACUGGCGUUUGCAAGGCCUCGCAUAUCGGGGCAAGAGCUGGAAGUGAUUGUGGGUCACAUGACGAUUCGAGCUCUUUUACACCGGGGGCUCAUGAGCAUCCUUCGGCAUGCGUAUGUUUUUAUUCGCAGAUUUUACCACCAGAGGCAUAGGCUUUGGGCUUCAGUCGCUUUGGAACUUCGUAUUUUUAGAGGGCUGAUGGCUUUAGGUACUGCCAAUGUUUUUGCUGCCUGGGAUGGCCAACCAAUUUGCACCGAUGCUUGUUUGUCGGGCUAUGCUGCGAUGGAAUCGCAGCACUCUUCGCAGGAAGUGGCUUCGCUUGGCCGCUACGACGAGAGAUGGCGGUUCAGGUGGGGAGAUGGCAGAAAGGUUGCGCCUCGCAGUCAAGCGUUGGACACCUCCAAAGUUUUUGAGGACCCCAAGACAGUGCUUCCUGAAGUUACUGGCGAGGUUUUUGGCGAUCUGGAAUUAGUAGCUGGUUUUCCCGAAGUUGGUCAUGAUUUCAUGAACGAGAAAGCCUGGCAUCCUCUCUGGAACUCCCAUAUAACCCACAAAGAACCAGUACACAUGAUUGAAGCCCGCUCCAUUUUAGCAGCAGUAAAGCACAGAAGCCGGGACCACCACCGUCAUCGAAAGAAGAUUCUCAUACUCAAUGACAACAUGUCGGUGGUCUUGGCUUUACAAAAGGGAAGAUGUCACAACUAUGGUCUGCUUCGGAUUAUUCGUAGGAUAUCGGCUCAUGCCCUGGCUACGGGGCAACGCUUUCACAUUCGGUGGCUGGCUUCAGAACUAAAUGUUGCUGACAAGGGCAGUCGCCAAUGGGAGAGUGAGAGACGAGCUGAAGACUUCGAAAAGCGCAAAGCCCCGAAGAGAGGUGCAAAUUUUUUCCAAGACAGAGGCUGUGCGUGCAAACCAGAGGAUGCGAAGCCCUUCUCUGGAGGCAGGCCGAAAGAGGAAGAGGAGUCGGUCACCUUCGAGGGGGAAAGGACCAUUUUGGAGAUCCACUCCGUGAAAGAGCCACAAAGGAAAGAAUACUCUCGGAGGCUGGAAGAAUUCUACAACUUCGUAGCAUUUCACAACCUGAGCAUUCGCACCGAAGGCGAGCUAGACAUAGCCAUGUGCGACUAUGCCGACGAGCUUUUCCUCGAUGGGGAGGGGUGUCAUGUCGGAGAAAAGUUGAAAGCUGCCCUCGAGUACGAACGGCCAGAGGGGAUCAGGUCUGGCCAACUGAUGCUGCCCAGGUUCAAGCGAGCCAUGAAGGGAUGGCGCAAAUUAGCGCCGCAGCAAACACGCCUUCCCAUGAUGGAGUUCCUCAAGAGCUGCAUCAGUGGUCUCAUGAUGGACAUGGGGGAGCGGGAAAUGUCUCUGUUCAACGAAACCUCAUUUUCAACUUAUGCCCGACCAGGAGAGCUGCUCAGGCUUCGACCAGUAGAUGUGGUUCCGCGUGCCCCAGGACACAACUUCGACGUGUUGAUUCUGAACCCAAUCGAACGAGGGGAAACAUCGAAAGCCGGAAUUUUCGACGAGACGUUGAUCCUGGACGACAGCCGCGCUCCAUGGCUGGGGGAGCUCUUGAACCAGUUGGCGGCUCGCAGGAGCAAAGAAGUAGGAGAAGGAGGACAGCUGUGGCCCUUCACAGCCCGCAAGUACCUGGAGACUUGGCGACAGUGUGUGAGAGCUCUAGAGGUGGAAGACGUGGCGGAGACCCCCUACCAGAAUCGUCAUGGAGGCGCCAGCCGGGACCACCUUCUCAGACUGAGGAGUGUGGGGAACAUUCAACGGAGGGGGAGGUGGGCAAGCGACAGCAGCUCCAGAAUCUACAGCAAACCCGGGAGACUUCAACAAAUCGUGAAUCAGCGUGGCAAUCGGCUGACGGAUUUCGGAGAGAAUGUGAGAAAGAAUUUUCUUCGUUGGUUCCACACUGGGUUUCGGGAGAUCCCAAAGCAGGCUGCAAAUCGCAUGUUCUUUGCGUCGGUUCGCCUGAUUCGCCGCUGCCUACGUUUAG